AUAAACCAAAGUUAAUCAAUCAAGAACAACACAUCGUUAAUGAGUCGUUUUUUACGAAUAUUUUGGCAUUUAUAAUAUUAGUUUUCAUACAUAAGUAAACAAUAUUUCUGUAAUGAACUUUAGGAUUAUAAAACAGGUACAAACCUUAUGCCGUAAUCAUGUUGGUUAUUUUAAUAAAACUUAUAGUACUCUAAAGGUACACACAGUAGUAAUCAGGAAUAGAAAUAAUCCUGUUAAAUACAAAAUAUCACUUUCAUCAGCAGUAUGCGUUUAUUCGUCAGAUAGUAAAAAACACUUCUUAGAUUUAGAGAAAAAAGCAGUAGAGUUCAAAGAUGCAUUUGAGCAUAAAAAGGAACAAAUAAAAGAGACUGAACAUCGAAUUCGACAAAAAGGCGUUCAACUGGUUAAAGAAAUCAAACAGCAAAAGGAAAUAACUGGCCAGAAAAUAAAAGUAAAAAAAGACUACAUCAUAAAGGAUUUACAAGAAACUAAAGCUAAAGUCAAGGAGAAAAUUGAAGAAGUUGUAGAGAGGGAAAAUGUAUUCACAAUACCAAACAUCCUGUGCGUUACAAGGAUUACCAUGUCUCCAUACUUGGGGUAUGUCAUUCUCCAGGAUAACUAUAACUUAGCUUUGGGCUUAUUAGUUUUUGCUGGAGUCACAGAUCUACUUGACGGUUGGAUAGCAAGAACAUGGAAAAGUCAAUCGUCAAAAAUGGGAUCAUUUUUAGAUCCAAUGGCAGAUAAAGUUUUGGUGGCAACACUAUUUGUUUGUCUGACAUGGCAAGACCUUAUACCACUUCCGUUGACAUUACUCAUUAUUGCUAGAGAUGUGGCAUUGGUUGCAGCUGGUUUUGUGAUCAGAUACAAAAGUCUGCCACCACCUAGAACCUUGAGCAGAUAUUUCGAUGUGACGCACGCCACUGCACAACUGGCACCCACGUUCAUUAGCAAAGUUAAUACAGCAAUACAGCUAUUAUUGGUUGGUACCACACUUGCUUCGCCCGUGUUUGAUUACGUGCAUCAUCCCGCGUUACAAGUACUCUGCGGAGUCACAGCCGCUUCUACAGUUGUAUCAGCUUUAAGUUAUCUCAUUAGCAAGGAUACGUAUAAAAUAUUAAAGAAAAAGUUAUAACAC